AUGACAACUAAUCUAAAUAUUGUGCUUAAAAGGGCUAGUAAAAUUUAUCAUGAAGGAGACGUAAUAGCAGGCAUUGUUGUGGUAGAGAACAGCAACGAUGUGCGACAUGAAGGGCUCACGUUAGCUAUGGAAGGUGCAGUGAACUUGCAAUUGAGUACCAAAAAUGUUGGUAUAUUUGAGGCAUUUUCCAAUAGCAUAAAGCCAAUGAAUUUAAUCAACACAGUAAUAGAACUAGCACCAGCUGGCAAGAUUCCGUUAGGAGUAACAGAAAUUCCAUUUGAAAUACCUUUAAGAGCCCGUCAUCCACUACCAGGAGCACCAGCGGGCUGUGGCCUGCUCGAGACCUACCAUGGAGUGUUUGUUAAUAUUAUGUACACACUUAAGUGCCACAUGAAGAGAUCAUUCCUGAAUAAACCAUUAAAUACCAGCUGCCAAUUUUUUGUGCAGUACAAACCGCAAGAGGCGGUCCCGUGCAAGCCGGUGCGGUGCGAGAUCUCGCCGAACUCGGUGCGGCGCGGUGGCGGAGGCGGGGCAGGAGGCGGGCCUAUGCCGCGUUUCCACAUCUACGCGGAGAUCGACUCCACCGUGUGCGCGCUGGAUCGCCCGCUCACUGGCAAGAUUCGAGUGGACGAGUGCUCAGUUCCAAUUAAAUCCAUAGAACUGCAGCUGGUCCGCGUGGAGACGUGCGGCUGUGCUGAGGGCUAUUCCAAAGAUGCGACGGAGAUCCAGAACAUCCAGGUGGGUGAGGGCGACGUGGUGCGUGCGCGCGACGUGCCGCUGCACAUGGUGCUGCCGCGCCUCUUCACCUGCCCCACCACCUCCACGGUCAACUUCAAGAUAGAGUUCGAGUUGAACGUCGCAGUCAUCUUCGAAGACGAUUAUUUAGUGACGGAAAAUUUUCCAAUUCUGCUCGUGAGGAGCAGGUAG